AGUCCUGCCGGCCAUGGAGCGCUGUGUGAGAGUGAAGUCUUGGGUUGAAGAGAAUCGGGCUUCCUUUCAGCCUCCGGUUUGCAACAAGCUUAUGCACCAGGAGCAGCUCAAAAUCAUGUUUGUCGGAGGCCCCAAUACCAGGAAGGAUUACCACAUCGAAGAAGGCGAGGAGGUGUUUUACCAGCUGGAAGGAGACAUGAUGCUCCGAGUCCUGGAGCAAGGAGAACACCGGGACGUGGUUAUCCGGCAGGGAGAGAUAUUCCUCCUGCCUGCCAGGGUGCCCCACUCCCCGCAGAGGUUUGCCAACACCAUGGGGCUGGUGAUUGAGAGAAGGCGGCUAGAGAGCGAGCUGGAUGGGCUGAGGUACUAUGUGGGGGACACCGAGGAAGUCCUCUUCGAGAAAUGGUUCCACUGUAAGGACCUUGGGACGCAGUUAGCGCCCAUCAUCCAAGAGUUCUUCCGCUCUGAGCAGUACCGAACGGGAAAGCCCAACCCUGACCAGCUGCUCAAGGAGCUGCCAUUCCCGCUGAGUACACGUUCCGUCAUGAAACCCAUGUCACUGAAAGCCUGGCUGGAUGGUCACUCCAGAGAGCUUCAGGCAGGAGCGUCCCUAAGCCUGUUUGGGGACAGCUAUGAGACCCAGGUCAUCGCCCACGGACAAGGGAGCAGCAAAGGCCCGAGACAGGAUGUGGAUGUGUGGCUGUGGCAACUGGAGGGCUCCUCUAAGGUGACUAUGGGAGGGAAGAGUGUGGCCCUGGCCCCAGAUGACAGCCUGCUGGUGCCCGCUGGGACCUCGUAUGUGUGGGAUCGAACUCAAGGCUCCGUGGCCUUGUCUGUGACACAAGACCCUGCCUGUAAGAAGUCGCUGGGGUGACCCUCCUAUGUGGGUCCCAAGCAGCCACAGGGUGCCUGAGUGCUGCCCUGGCAGCUCUCUCAGCCUCAUCGCAUCUCCGUGGACAUCAGCAGGCCCCUUGCGUGGUCCCUUGUGGGGUCGUGGGUCACUGGCCUCCACCUUCCUGCCAUGCUCAGCCCAGGAGGCCAGACUCCUAGGACACCAGCAGUUCCCCUCUCCUCUAGCAGCCAUAACGCUAUACUGUCAGCUAGGUGCGUUCUGAUCCCACGCACCCAGCAGCCUGACACUAAAAAAAUCUCUUAAUAAAGGCAUCCUGCUGGACGAA